AUGGCUCGGCUUGCGCUCCGGGAGGAAGCCCAGCAGGAGUUAGCUGCCCUGGAUGACCCUCCAGCCAGGCCGCUGGACAUGCUCUCCCUGGAGUGUUGCCAGGCAAUUGUGCUAGGCAAGAAGUUGAAGCCGCAGCCUGAGCUGGAUGCUGAAAAGAACAACAGCUGCCUUGUUCCUGCCUCUGCCCAGCUUGGGGAGCACGCACCCAGUCUGCUGCUCCAGAGGAAGCUGAACACUAUUAAGCACCAGGUAGCUGUCUUUCCAGAGCUCCAGAGGAAGCUGCUUGCCCUCAUAGAUUCCUGGUGCCAGCCUGGUUUCCACAUCUUGUAUAUUGCCAAGUAA